AUUAUGCGGAAGGUAAGAGUUACAGGCGGGUGAGUCCCAGCCAAAGCCCCUCAGCGGAUAAUGCGAUAAAACCCCUUCCCUCUCCUCAACCGGAGGGUAAUAGUGUUCCCCAAAGCAGAGAAAAUGGCUUCAAUAUCAUCUCUAAUAUCACCACCAGGUCUCCCCAAUCCCGCGAAACUCUCCCUCACACUCCAAUCCAAACUCUUUCUCCAAAUCCUCCAACCAACGACAAAUCCAUUUGCCAAUUUGCCUCAAAACCUCCUCUUGAAUUCACGUCCAAAGAAAGUUAGGUUGUUUGCGGUCGCAGAAGAGCAAACCUCAGUGGUUUCCUCCCCGUCUUCUGAGGCUGCCAGGAGGCUUUACAUUGGCAAUAUUCCCAGAACUGUUAACAAUGACGAGCUCACAAAGAUUGUUGAAGAACAUGGCGCUGUUGAAAAAGCGGAGGUGAUGUAUGACAAGUACUCUGGAAGGAGUCGCCGAUUUGCUUUUGUUACAAUGAAAACCGUGGAGGAUGCAAAUGCAGCAAUUGAGAAACUAAAUGGCACUGAAAUUGGGCGGCGUGAGAUCAAGGUAAACAUCACUGAGAAACCUCUGCCACAAGUGGAUUUGUCUCUCCUUCAGGAUGAGGAUUCCCAAUUUGUUGAUAGUCCCCACAAAGUUUAUGUGGGAAAUCUUGCAAAGACAAUAACCACAGAUACACUGAAGAAGUUCUUUUCUGAGAAAGGGAAGGUACUUAGCGCUAAGGUUUCACGGGUUCCAGGGACAUCAAAAUCCGGGGGAUUUGGGUUUGUAACAUUCUCUUCAGAAGAGGAAGUUGAAGCUGCCAUCUCUGCUUUUAACAAUUCUUUGUUGGAAGGGCAACAAGUUCGUGUAAACAAGGCAUAGAAUGAUUGGCACUGGCAGCUCCAUGGGGGCUAGAGGGGGUGGUUUAUCUAAUCCUGUAUCCAUUUCAUUGCAAAUUGGAGUGGUUGCUUCUCCUGAUUGUAAAAUCAACUUUGUUAGUGCUAUUGCUAUAGAAAAUUCUGGCUUAUUUCUGUCAUGAGGUUCUGUAAUUAUAUGUGGCAGAAGCUAGUGGUGGGAAUAGAGGAUGAACACAUUUCGUUUGGGAAGUUGAUGCAUGUGUGAUUUUUUCCAAAGCGCGAA